AUCAAUAGCAACAAAUAACUUGUAUUUCCUUUAAAUAUUAUUGAUCAUUAAUAAUCAAGUGGGAGAGAAACGUAACCCUGAAAGUGUAACUUUAUUGAGAGUCUACUGUACUGGGAAUAAAUGGAAUAAAUCUGUGUCUAUUGAUACGAAAUAUUAUGCGCAAUGGUGAGAAAACUGAACAUGUAUUGCGCAACCACCAAACAAACCACUAAAAAAAGACAAAAAAUGUAUAUUCAUGAUAGAUAGAGAGAGAUAUUCAAACAAUAAAAAUCAACUUCUGUCAAAAGAAAGAACCAGAAAAUAAAAUGGUCUGAGUUAUUUUAACAAGACGACUUAUAAGUGUGCGUCGUAUUGACAUUGCAAUUUUUAGAUUUUCCUCACUUGGUGAUUAAUCUAAAGUUAUUGUUUUUCUCGUAUUCAUUAUAUUGAUGCAAUUUCGGAGAUUACUUUGAGAAUUUGUGUGACGUGAGAUACUGUUUACGUGAAUCUUGUCAUUUCUCAAACUUACAACAGUGUCCAGUUAGAAAAACAACUACAACAAUGUUUGUAAUCAUGGAUUGUUCGCUAUAGUACCGAAAAAGUGAAUAAUUAAAUGGUUAUUAAUUAACCAGUUGGGUUAUUUGAGUAAAAGUAAAUAUUUAAAACUUUAUAUCUGUUGCUCAAAAGAGCAAAAAAUUUUUUACUUAUUCUUCCCUCAAGUGUAUUGACUAUAUUAUUUUUAGUACGUAGUUUUUAUGCACAAGCUAUAAGCGUCGCUGACAAGAGAAUAAAAAGAAAAGAGAAAAAAACAAAAACUGUUUGAAGUUAAAAAUUCAUCAUAAAAAACUAACUAACUGUUGUUAUUUUUUUUCUUUUUCUAUUAAAAUAAUAAAAUAAAUACUUUAAUUUUAUUGAAUAUUUGAUUAACUUGAAAAAAAUAAACAGUAAUUUUGUAAUGUACCGCAAGUGUAGCACUGAAGAAUACGCAGUUACAUCGACAAUAAAAUUUGUUCACUCGAAGAGAAAAGGAAUUUUUAUAAAUAUAAAAAAAAUGCUGAAGAACGAAUUUAGUAGCCGUAAUUCAUUGAAUUUUUUGAUAUUUCGUUUGAAUUGAAUUAUCAAAUGAAGUGAAUUAUAGAGUAAAUUUAUUGAAUUCAAUAAAAUUUGUCGAAGAGCUGAUAACUCUUAUAAAAAAAGGCAAAUAUCUAGAAAAUGUUAAAAUCUUACUGUUGAGAACAUCUCCAACGACAUUUAAGAUUUUGAGAAAUUUAAUUCAGAGGAUAAUUUGAUUUAUAUUUUAAUUAACUACGUUAUCAAUCAACAUGAAACUAUUGGAAAGCACUAGAUUUGAAGCAAUAAACAGUGCUUUGUUUAUCAAAACCGGUGACUGCAAAAUCAUCGGAAGAAUUGAAAGUUACUCUUGUAAAAUGGCUGGAAAUGAUAAGCAAAUGUAUAAAAGAUUUAAUUCUGAGCAAGGAGUUACACCACACGACCUUCAAGCUUUAUCUCCACCACAAACAUCUCUUGGCACGUCACCAGCCCAAUCCUAUUUCAGUAAAAGUAUCUCUGGAGAUGAAGAAGGACCUUUAUGUGACACAAUCAGCCGAAAAACUUUAUUUUAUUUAAUUGCAACUUUAAAUUCAACAUUCUGUCCUGAUUACGAUUUUUCCGAUGCUAAAAGUCACGAAUUCAGUAAGGAACCCAGUUUGCAAUGGGUCAUGAAUGCAGUUGACAGUAAUCUUAGUGCUACUGCUGGUGAUCAUUACCGCAAUUUAAGAUCUGCAUUGUGGGCUGCAAUUGAAGAUGAAAUAUCAAUGAGCGAAUGUGAUAUUUAUAGCUAUAAUCCGGAUUUGGCGUCAGAUCCUUUUGGAGAAGAUGGUUGCUUAUGGUCAUUCAACUAUUUUUUUUACAAUAAAAAAUUGAAACGCAUCGUAUUCUUUAAUUGUAGAGCAAUAAAUCCUCUGUACGUUUUAGAUUCUGGAGUUGGUAGUGAUUUUGCUAUGGAUGAAGAUGAUGAUGACAUUGACAACGAUCGUUAUUAAGCGAUAAAUAUAAAAUUUUUACUUGCAAUUCAAGCGUAAUUUUAUAUUUAAAUUAACUUUUUUUCAAAAUUUUAAGAAAAAUUAAUAUUAGUUAUUUUUUUCGAAAUAUUUAAUUUAAAACAAUACAACAAUAUGAUUGUUUCCGCGAUAAAAUUUACAGCUUUAUAAUUAGCUAAAUAAAAGUUUAAUUUUCUUUAAGAAUCAUAAUCGAAUAUUAUCACUGUAUAUUGCGUGUAUUUAAUGUCUAUUAUUCUACAUUAGUUGUAGAAAAUAGAAAUAUAUCAAAUUAUAUGGCUUUCAUAUGUUUUUGGGAGAUGGAAUUUUGUGCAUUCUUCUACUAUAGUUUCGAGUCUUUAGUAUUUAAACUUAUCCAU